CAACAGUCUCAGCCAUUCCGUAGAAGCCAGAGUCUCUCCGAACCUACCAAUAAUCUCUCAACAAAAUUCAUCGAACUUGAAGCGGUGGGGUAAUCGGAAGAAGCUGAUCGUGCAGAUUUUGUUGUUUCGUCGAUUCAUUCGGUCCUCUGUUUUUUGUUCCGGUGGGAAUUGUUCAUGGAUUCCAACUACGAGAAGCUUUCGCCGUUUGAUUUGAUGUUUGCUAUCAUUGAAGCAGUGAAGCUUGAUAGAAUGCACGGAUUUCCGCAGGCGGUGGUUGCAAGGCUGAUGGAGAACAAGGACCUUUUGAUGUUAAUCACAACCUCAAUCGCGGUGCUUGUAGGUUGUGUUGUGGUGCUUUUGUACCGGAGCGCGACUGGAUCGGCAAAAAAAGUGGCGGAGCCGCCGAAGAUAGUGGUGCGCAAGGAACCGGAGGAGACGGAGCAAGUGGAUGAUGGGAAGAAGAAGGUUACCAUAUUUUUUGGGACGCAGACUGGCACUGCGGAAGGCUUUGCAAAGGCACUCGCUGAGGAAGCUAAAGCCAGAUAUCAGCAGGCUCAUUUUACAGUACUCGAUUUGGAUGACUUUGCAGCCGACGAAGAAGAAUUUGAGAAGAAGAUGAAAAAGGAAACUCUGGCAAUCUUCUUCUUGGCAACAUAUGGAGAUGGUGAGCCAACCGACAAUGCAGCCAGGUUCUACAAAUGGUUCACAGAGGGGAAAGAGAGAGGAAACUGGCUCAAGGAUCUCCAGUAUGGCGUGUUCGGUCUAGGUAACAGGCAAUACGAGCAUUUCAAUAAGAUUGCAAUCGUGGUGGACAACCUUGUCGCCGAGCAAGGUGGACAGCGGAUUGUGCCAGUGGGUCUUGGUGAUGAUGAUCAAUGCAUUGAGGAUGAUUUUUCUGCAUGGCGCGAAACAGUGUGGCCAGAGUUGGACAAAGUGCUUCUCAACGAGGAAGAUUCAGCUGCAGCAACCGCAUACACAGCUGCAGUUCUGGAAUAUCGAGUUGUUUUUCAUGAUGAAUUAGAUGAAUCAAACAUUUCGAACGGCCAUGCCAAUGGCAAUACUGUUUACGAUGCUCAGCAUCCCUGCAAAGUAAAUGUUGCUGUGAAAAAAGAACUACACACUCCCGCUUCUGAUCGAUCGUGCACUCACUUGGAAUUCGACAUAUCAGGCACCGGUUUAGUGUACGAAACUGGCGAUCACGUUGGUGUUUACACUGAGAAUUUGCUCGAGACUGUGGAGGAAGCGGAGCGUAUGCUUAAUCUGCCUCCGCAAACAUACUUCUCGCUUCACACAGACAAGGAUGACGGCACUCCACUCAGCGGAAGCACAUUGCCGCCUCCCUUCCCCCCUUGCACGUUGAGGACAGCGCUAACUCGAUAUGCAGAUCUCUUGAGUGCACCCAAAAAGUCGGCUUUGAAUGCUUUAGCCGCUUAUGCUUCUGACCCUACCGAAGCAGAUAGGCUCAAACAUCUCGCCUCCUCUGCUGGAAAGGAGGAAUAUUCGCAGUACGUAGUUGCAAGUCAGAGAAGUCUUCUUGAGGUCAUGGCUGAAUUCCCAUCUGCAAAGCCUCCGCUCGGUGUGUUCUUUGCAGGCGUUGCUCCUCGCUUACAGCCUAGAUUUUAUUCGAUCUCAUCCUCCCCGAAGAUUGCGUCGACAAGAAUCCACGUGACGUGUGCUUUAGUGUAUGAGAAAACACCCACAGGACGAAUCCAUAAGGGCGUUUGCUCAACAUGGAUGAAGAAUGCUUCGCCAUUUGAAGAAAGCCGCGACUGCAGCUCGGCACCGAUUUUUGUUAGGACCUCUAACUUCAGACUUCCUGCUGAUCCCAAAGUACCUAUAGUAAUGAUCGGUCCUGGCACUGGCUUAGCUCCGUUCCGGGGCUUCCUUCAGGAAAGGUUAGCUCUGAAGGAAUCAGGAGCUGAACUCGGCCCUGCUUUACUAUUUUUCGGAUGCAGGAACCGGAAAAUGGACUUCAUUUACGAAGACGAGUUAACUAAAUUCGUCGAAGCUAGAGUGAUCUCCGAGCUUGUUCUUGCCUUCUCGCGCGAAGGAGACACUAAGGAAUACGUGCAACACAAAAUGGCACAAAAGGCUUCAUCUAUCUGGAAUGUUAUCUCGAACGGAGGCCAUAUCUACGUCUGCGGCGACGCCAAAGGCAUGGCGAAGGACGUUCACCGAACCCUCCAUUCCAUUGUGCAAGAACAGGGAUCACUUGAUAGCUCAAAAACUGAGGGGCUGGUGAAGAAUCUGCAAAUGAAUGGAAGAUACCUACGUGAUGUGUGGUGAUUAUCAUUAUUCGACUCUUCCAAGGCAAGUUUUAAUAAUUCAUUGUUUGUUACCAAUUAAUUUUUAUUAUAUUUUCCCCAAUCCCUUCUUGCUGCUGCUUCUGGUUCUUUUGAGGGAGAUUUUGGGUAUUGCACUUUAUGUAUAUAAACAAGAUUAUUAUUAUUAUUAUGGCUGAAAAGAUCUUCCUGUACUGAAUUAUUAUCA